AUGGAUGUAGUUCUUAUGAAAGGUCCGUAUUUUUUCCGAAAUAUUCCUCUGAUGCUGAAAGAAUGGGGACCAGACUUUAAUUUUAAGAGAGAUAUGUUACAUACCCUACCCCUAUGGAUCACACUUCCUCAACUACCUUUGCAUCUAUGGGGAGCAAACAGCUUGAGCAAGAUUGGUAGUGCCAUAGGUGUUCCUCUGGUAACGAAUGAAUGUACGGCAAACAAAUUGAGGAUAUCUUAUGCCAGAAUCUUAGUGGAGAUUGAUAUCACCAAGGAACUGACUAAGGAAGUAGCCAUCAAAGACUGUGAAGGCAGAAAACUGAUGCAAAAGGCUAAGCCACCAGAUCCAGUAGUGCUUGUGACUGAAGAAAAGAAACAAGAGACAGUGAAUGAAGAAUCUGAUGGAGUCUGGACACAAGUUACUACAACAAGAGACAGAGGUAAACAAAUUCUGACUGAAAAUACUCCUAGCAUUAACUGUGAAAAUGGUUUUGAGGCACUUGAGGCUUUGAAUGACCUCAUAGUGACCUUAGAUAGGGGCCCAUGCAUUGUGAUUCUUAUUGAAACUCGAGUUAAAAGUGAUAAAGCUAGGAGUAUUAGGAACAAGUUGAAGCUUUAUGAGAAAUACAUAGAUAACUAUCAGUACCACAGUAAUGGAAGAAUUUGGAUUACUUGGGAUGAGGGAACAGUUGAUAUAAAAGAGCUUGAGAAAAGGAAAAAACUCUGGAAGUAUUUUCUCAUCCUUAAUCCCAAUCAAACUAAUCCUUGGUGUGCUAUUGGAGAUUAUAAUAAUGUGGCUCAAGCUCAAGACAGAAUAGGGGGCAGACUGGUUCUGGAACACGAGUAUAAAGAUAUGCAAGACAUGAUGCACAAAGCUGAUCUUAGUGAGAUGGAUAGCCUGGGAGGGAUUGACAGAAUGUUGUGUAAUACUACAUGGCUUAAAGAAUAUAUGGACCUGACUCUUACUCACCUUUCUCCAGGAGUUUCUGACCAUGCUUUACUGCAUGUGAUUCCUAAGGUUGCUAAGAAGAGGUACUCUAAGAGAUUCCAAUUCUUUAAUUGUAUCACUGAUAUAGCAGGUUAUGAGGAGGCUGUUAGAGAGAGCUGGAAUAAACCAAUUAAAGGAUCUCCUAUGUUUGUACUCUGGAAUAAAUUGCAGAGAUUGAAACCUGUGCUCACUAACCUUAGUAAACCUCUGGCUGGGUUAAAGAAUCAAUUGAUUCCGGCUAGACUUAAUCUUGAGCAGGCUCAUUUAGACCUUAAUAAUCACAGAUCAAGCAGUUCUUGUAUUGCUAGAGUUAAGGAAUGUACUUAA